AUAUGAUGACGAUCAUAAAAUGUAUACGCAAAAGAAAAAGAUUGGUGUUUGCAGAUCUAAGUUUUCUCGAUGUAAUAUAAAAAUUCCCAUUUUUCUUCACCAUGGUGUAUUUAAUCCAAAAAGCGCGGGAAAUUGAUUGCAUUCGUUUUUUCCAUGACCUGUAACCUCUAUAAUGAUGAACGAAAUUUUUGAGAGUAUCGAGGAAUCAGAUGAAAUAAAUGUCGAGGAUCAGGCAGAAACGGAGAUUAUUUCUAUACCUAAUGCAAUUGAACAGGAUACAACCGUUCAGCCUAAACCAUUUCCCUCUGCAAGCCCUAAUCAAAAAACUAAAUUUGUCAGGCUACCUUUAUCCAGAGUGAGACAGAUGAUGAAAAUGGAUCAGGACUGUGCAAUUGUGCAAGCUGAUGCAAUAUUCUUAGUAACAAAAGCCACGGAAAUGUUUAUUGAAUUUAUGUCUAAGGAAGCAGCCAAACAAUUAACAGCCAGUAAAAGAAAAACUAUAAUGAAACGAGAUGUUGAUAUUGCAAUUGAAAAUGUUCCACAUUUGUGUUUUUUGGACGGAGCACUUGAAUAAAAUAUGUUAAAAUUUUAUUUUGAAUGUGCGAUACUCAAUAUAUUGUCAAAUAUAUAAAAU